CGGGCAAACCUCUUCGGUCAGCAGUCAGCGCCUGCAGGUGUGCUUUUCCUAGCACCCCAUCGCUUCUCGCAACCCCCAAUCCACGGAAAGCUUUUAUUAGGUACGAGGUACCUAACGUUGAUGCUAAUGUGGAAAGCUCCUACUGCCUUCGCCGCAAAAGGACUGACCACAUAACGAAGGGUUGCAUGAUGUGGUCAUUUGGACGUCGACUGUCGGCGAAGAAAGUCCAUUUCAGUUUUUCAGUUUGUGUCAGCGGAGUUAGUGAAUCCGUUUUCAGUAAAAUGGAAGCAUAGAUAGUGACCAUUAUAAAACAUGUAAUAGAUUGCCAGAGAGCGUUUAAAUGCCAUUAAAAUUCAAACCCUCCUGAAUCCCAAACAUUGUGGCAGUGAUUGAGUUCCAUAAGAGUGAUAAAUCAAAGUGAACUAUGUUACUAGCAUUAUUCAUCAAACUUAACCUCGAUUUGGGUCAUAGUCCUGUCUAUACCUGACUGUGAUGUAGUUUCCAUGCCCGUGAGUUAGUAUAAAAAUCAAACACGUGGCCAUCUUACUUCCGAGCCGUUUUCCCGUUCUUCAAAAAAAUGUGAAUGUCCGUGCAUUAAGGACUAUAAGUGUUUCAAGAUUAAAGAUCAAACAAAUGUUUAUAAGUGAAACAAUUCAAUGCUUUCCCUGCCACCUAAAGGCGUUCUGUAUUGUACUGAAUGCUACAUUAUGAACGAGCUUUAUAAAAUGAAUAAUUCAAAUAGUUCUACUGGAAUGGCCGUGAAUUGUCCGGAGAAAAUGGUAUCGAUCUAGAAGGGGUAGUUAUCGCGUUCAAACUUGGAAUAUCAGCACCCUUAUCGUUGGUUCUGAGUGAUACGUGAAGGUGCAGAGGAAAAUGCCAACAUAUUCAACACGGCAACAGGAAGAGCUAUUGGAAGAAAGUCCCGCGUUUGCGAUUGUGCCGGUUGAUCACUUCAGAGGUAUAGGAAAACCAAAUGCCAUCGUUCGUCCGCUGCUGCAUAAUAGAGAAGUAAUCGAGGGGCAGCACAUCAUAAAUCUACACCCAGAUUAUAAGCUGAUACAUGAUUUAGAGUCACAAAUAAUUCGUAACAACGCAACCAAUAAAAUCGCAAAAAGUGAUAACAACAACAAUACAACCAUCACCACUACAAAUACUGCUGCUGCCGCUCCUAUCAGAAGAACCGACCGGGGAAGACACAAUGAGUUUACCAAAGAACUGGACGCAAAACUGAGAAGACUGCAGAACGAUUCGUCAAAGCGGUCGUCAAAAAAUGGAAGUUCUCAGGAUGUCAACAAUAAGAAAAAGCCUCUUUUCAUCACGACCGUUCCCAAGGGCGUUUUCCUUCAACCGAGCAAAGAACUUCCCACUAUCGUCCCAUCGGCGACCACCCUGAGACGGCUGUAUGCCUAUGAAAGCCGCCCAAGGAUUCUGACCACUAAUAGUUUCAGCAAUAACAAUAACGACAUCAAGCAUCCCAACCACAACCAUCAGCAUUUAUGCAAGCAUGGCAGCCAUCAUCAUAAAGGCGCCAUUACUCAGUCCGAGUCGGAACCAAAUGUGGCGAAAGCAACUGCGUUUUCCACGAAUGCCGCACCGAAGCACAACUGCAUCAAUCGAAAUGCAAGAGACCAUCAGCACACCACCUAUCAAAAUGUGAUGCACGAUCGAAGAGUCGUCCGUGGUAGCAAUUUCACCUCCGGCAACGUACAUACGGAUGACGAAUCUUUGAGAAUAUCUGCACAUUAUUACCUUUUUCCUAGAGCAACAAAUCGACCUUACGGCGAUGGAGACGGCUUACAAAAGGAAGCGGAAGCCCGUCGAAGGCAGAUGGUACGCAAAAAACACGUGGCUCGCAAUCAACGAGGAAUUAUUGGAACUCCUCCUGCAGUUCGUGGUCGCAAGCAUGAAAACGUACAAACCGAAAAGUACCUCGAAGAGAUUUUUAUACGUCCACCGGAGAUUGAUGCCGGAUGCCAGACGGAUCUGUUUCUGCAUAGACCUCCUUCGCCACCAUACGUACCUCAAAAGAUGGGCCACGACGUGGGCACAGAGAUUCUCGAGGGCGAACUGUUCGACUUUGACGCCGAAGUACAACCAAUCAUAGAGGUCCUCGUGGGUCGUACUAUAGAACAAGCGCUUAUCGAGGUGCUUCACGAGGAGGAAAUCGCUGAAAUGAAACGCCAACAGCAACAGAUUAUGGCCAUCAGAGAAGCAGAACUUGCUGAACUACGACGACUCGAAUUGGAAGAUCGUAAAAUACAGGCUGAGAAGGAGCGCCGAAUAUUACAGGAUAAGAUUGCACAACAUCUUGACAGGGAGAUGCAGGAACGCAUCACAGCUUCGAAACUGCUUCAGGGUAGAAUUGAUGACCUACUGCCAGACGUGCUAGAUGCCGUCGAAAACAUCAAGGAUGACAAAGAUCGCGUGGAAUUCGAACGUCAAAUCACUCCUUGGUUGGCUAAGGAGGUCGCUCAGGAGAUUGGCCAGAUGAUAGACUCGAAGGAACUACUUGAAGACAUAAUCCGGGAAGUUCUUAUUCAAAAGAAACGCAACCUUUUUGGAACACCCACACCUGAAAUACAUGAUGACAUUCCAGAGGACCAAGUACGCUCCGAAGAAGACGAACAGCAGGAGAAUGAAUCAGAAGCUGGAGCAGAAGACGAAGAUUUCGAAGAAAUUGAAGGCGAAGAAAUCGAAGAGCUAGGAAAAGAAGAAGCAAAUGUAGAAGAACCGGCAUUGGAAAACGGUGAUUCCGAAAAAGCGAUGUGAUAAGUUUGGCUUUCAUCGACGUGAAGAUUUCAUAAAACGUAACAUCUUAUCAACAAUUUUAAAACUGAGAGUCUCAUAACUUCUACAUUUUUGGUCAAGUAGUACCUACUAAACACCGAUGUGCAAUUGAAAACAUGAAAAAUACAUUAUUUUUGUCUUAAACUUCAGCAAAAUCAACAUGUAAUACAACCACAACUGUAACAUAUACCAGUAGGUUUUGUCUGUUAGAUGCAUUGUUAAUCAAUAAAUAUAAUAUAUUUUUGAUUCGA